AUGCCACCGAAAGCAAAGGUUGGCUCCAAACCCAAGGAAGCCGAGACGAAGACCAAAGACGAACCGCUACCCCCGCCCACCACAGCCAACGAGCAGACCAGGUACCGCUUCUACGCAACCAACCCCGCCGAGCACCGCCGCGAGCAGCUCGGCCUCGACGCCCUCAGCCCCGCCGAGCGCCAGACCUGGGCCAACGCCGCCUUCCUCCCACGCCUCGCCGCGCGCCAGGUCCACCUGCCGCCCAAGGCCGACCGCGAGUUCUGGAAGCAGGCCGCCCGCGAGUCGCUGCCGCCGCGCCGCCUCCGCGCCGCCGCCGGUCAAAAGACGCACGCCUGGGGCCCCGACCGCCACGGCCGCGACAUCGGCGACCUCCCGCUCGACCAGUUCGCCGAGCGCGCACGCAGGCAGGCGAGCCUCGCCGCCCUCGAGGCGCUGCACCGCCGGUUCCGCCAGAGGCGCGAGUUGGCCGAGAGCGGCCUGCUGGGACCUGACGGCACGGCGCGCGCGCCGAUCACGCGUGACGAGAUUGACGAGGAGAGGCAGCGCCGGCGCACCAUGGCGGAGCUGAAGGAGGCGCUGUAUGGCGAGAAGAUGGGGCCGUACGCCACGGACCCGGACUGGGAUGAUGUCGUGCCCGUGCCGUCGGAUGAGCCCGAGGGGUCGCUGGCUGCCAUCGCCUACCCGGAGCACUAUGCUGAGAUCAUCAGCUACCUGCGCGCCGUCAUGGCCGCCGAGGAGCAUUCCCCCCGCACGCUCCGGCUCACGGAGCACGUCAUCGCGAUGAACCCGGCCCACUACACCGUGUGGCUGUACCGGUUCAGGAUCAUCCAGGCGCUCGACCUGCCGCUCGACGACGAGUUUGCCUGGCUCAACGGCGUGUCGCUCGACCACCUGAAGAACUACCAAAUCUGGCACCACCGUCAGCUGCUGCUCGACCACGUGCACGCGCGCAUCGGCUCGGACGCGGCGGCGGUCAAGAAGCUCGCGCACGACGAGUCGCACUUCCUGCGGCUCAUCCUCGCCGAGGACACGAAGAACUACCACGUCUGGAGCUACCGGCAGUACCUCGUGCGGCGGCUCGGCCUCUGGACGGCGCAGGAGCUCGCGGCGACGCAGACGUUCGUCGAGGACGACGUGCGCAACAACUCGGCCUGGAGCCACCGCUUCUUCGUCGUCUUCAGCGACCCGGCCGCCUCGACGCCCGGCGCCCACGCCACGGCGCCCGACGCCGCCGUGCCCGCGGCGACGGUCGACCGCGAGAUCGCCUACGCCCGCGCCAAGAUCGCCGUGGCGCCCCAGAACCAGGCCCCCUGGAACUACCUCCGCGGCGUGCUCGUCAAGGGCGGGCGGCCGCUCGCGAGCGUCGAGAGCACGGCCGUCGAGUACGUGUGGCGCGUGGGCGAGGCGGACGGCGAGGACGUCCGGAGCAGCCACGCGCUGGACUUCCUGGCCGACGUGCACGCGGAGAAGGGGGAGACGGACGAGGCGGCCACGUGUCUGGACCGGCUCGCGGAGAAGUGGGAUCCCAUCAGGGCGGGGUACUGGCGGUAUCGCAAGGCGCAGCUCGCGUAG